GUUUAGACGUUUGCUCGCGGAGUUGAAACGCCACCUCAAAGCCGGUAAAGAAGGUAUCGCCGGACGCGUGAAUUUUUCCCAGUGUGUUUGAUUCUAAUUUGAUCUACUGAUUCUCGGUGCUGCAGAGGUUCGAUCGCGUGUCCAUCCGAUCGAUUUUUCACUCGUUGCUUGUGUGAUUUGGUGUACAUUUGCAUUGGCUACGCAUCAACAUGCUAAAAGAUCCGUCCAGUUUGUGUGUGCUUAAAAGAAAAACAUAAAUUACUUGAGCCCAGUCGAGGCAUCUCUAAAUGCAACUAUGAACGUUGGAUCGUAUCGUUUCCACGUCGAAGAAGAAACCUCGCAUCAGUAAUAAGUGAAAUCAAUGUUUGCGAUCAACCAGUUGUGUUGCUGAGGUUCGAAAAAAAACCCCGCUGUGCAACGGUCCAUUCCAACCAUUCGCAUGAAGUUGCGUAAGUUUUACGGUGAAGCUUAGCUGACAACCAUCCUUCAAAAUCAUCACUAACGUGUGAGAUUGAUGUGCCAAAGGUGGUGAGUGUGGCCAGAUCGAAGUGAUUUAUGAUCUAGUGAUAACGCAAUGGCGAUUGGCUUCAAUCGAUGAACUAUUAAACAAUAGUUCAGGUGCUUCAGCUGAAGAAGAUUGCUGCGUGAGAUACAAGCCAGGUGGCCGCGAAUCUGCCGUGGGGUGUGUUUGUGCGGUUGUGUAUGUGCCUGGGUCUCUGUCUUCGCGAGCCCGAUUACUUGCGAAGCUGGAAGUGAUGAAGUGUUAAGUGCCGUGUACGUACUCGGGGCGAGCGAAAACCGGGGAAGCGAAAAAAUAUAAGAAAAGGUCUUACGACCCAAUUCAACAACGCGCGCCAUGAAAUUGUAAGCGGUAACGCGUGACGAAGAGAAAACAAAAGAGUGACCAACAAGAAAGACGACGAAGGAAAGCAGCAGAAUUCACCAAAAAGCAAACGAGAAAGGGUUUAAAACAAAGCAGUGAAGAGUGCUGGUGGUGGUGGUUGUGGUGUAGAGCGGAAAACCAGAAAUCCCAACCAGAGUUGAAAACCCCGCGCGGCCGUCAGAAUGACGAAUUUAUGUGUUUACGUUGGAUUACUGCUGUCCCUGCUGGUGGCGUCCGGUCAGGCGCAUCUAAAUCUGUUUCUCAACGAGGUCGAAGUGCAGCGAUUACUCGGACUCUCCGCCGAGAUCUACUACAUCCGUGAAGGACUUGUGAACGAAUAUGCGCUCCACUUUACCGUACCGGUACCGGCGGAUGUCGAAGAGAUCUCCUUCACCUGGCAGAGCCUUGCAAAGAAGCCGCUGCCAUAUCGUAUCAACAUUCACUCCCCGGAUCCGAUUGCCCUACCGAAACCAUCAAUGAACAUUUCUUGGCAGGGUGAGGUCCCUGAACACAUCGAAACGUUUGCCAUCGAACUGCAGUGCAGUGGCCGAAAGUCGGCCGAAGUCGACAUAACGAUCACGGUGGAGGUGACGCUCGAUCGGGUGACGGGCAAUGCGACAGAAUUACUGUUUCGUCGUAAAAAGAUCUGUUUGAUGAGUGAACAUCCACCAGAUCCUCAUCAACCGGAUCCCUAUCUGCUAGAGAACGCAUCGAACGGUCAGAGUGGUCUGGUGACGUUGAUCGUUGGGGUUAUUCUAGCGAUUCUGUUCGUCGCCAUCAUCAUCAGUAUUGCAUACUGUGCACGUGGCUCAUUCAAUCGAAAACCACAUCACGCCCAACCGAUCCGCACAUCCAGCUUCCAGCGUCUUUCAACCCACGUCCCAUCCGUACCAUCCACUAUCUUGUCACCACCCUCGAUUGCACCGACGAUAGCAACACUCUCACGCACGCGGAUCUACGCAAACGCUGAACCGGAAGAGUUGCAGCGACGCAUUUCCGAGCUGACGGUACAGCGAUGUCGUGUACGACUGUCAAGUCUGCUGCAGGAAGGAACCUUUGGACGGGUCUAUCGUGGUAGCUACAACGACAGCCAAGAGGUGCUGGUGAAAACCGUUGGCCCUCAUGCAUCGCAGAUUCAAGUGUCUUUGCUUCUACACGAGGGCAUGAGUCUGUACGGGGCACAACAUCCAGGCAUUUUGUCGGUGCUGGGAGUAUCGAUCGAUGAUCAUACGGCACCCUUUCUACUAUAUCUGGCACCGGAAAACACGCGCAAUCUGAAGAUCUUCCUCCAAGAACCGGUCGCUCGUACGCUGACCACGAUCCAGAUCGUCAUGAUUCAGCUUCAGUUGGCACAAGCUCUCGGUCAUCUACACAGCCACGGUGUCAUCCACAAGGACAUCGCAGCGCGCAACUGUGUAAUUGAUGAUCAACUACGAGUGAGGCUAGCCGAUAACUCCUUGUCCAGAGACCUGUUCCCAGGUGACUACUACUGUCUUGGAGACAGUGAAAACCGUCCUAUCAAGUGGCUUGCGCUGGAAUCGAUCCAGUACAAACAGUUCAGCGAAGCAUCGGACACUUGGGCGUUUGGAGUCCUGAUGUGGGAACUUUGCACCCUUGCCAAGCAACCGUACGCUGAGGUCGAUCCAUUCGAGAUGGAGCACUAUUUGCGCGACGGUUACCGGUUAUCACAACCCAUCAAUUGUCCAGAUGAGUUGUUUGCGAUAAUGGCUUACUGCUGGACAAUGCUGCCAAUGGAGCGUCCUUCCUUUGACCAACUACAGAUCUGCCUGCAGGAUUUCUACGCACAGCUGACACGCUAUGUCUAGGCAAGGCCAACAACAGGUCAGCAGUUGUACAUGUUUCCUUCGCCCCGGGCACUAUCAAUUAAGCCAUAGAGUUAGAAUAAGGCACCGGUCACUACUGCCAACUGCCACGAUACCUCCUAAUCAGUCAUCAGGAUUCCACCCAUCAGCAAUUCGACCAUUGGGAUACCAAACAUCUGCCCUCGAACAUUUACCCUCGACUCCAUAUGAUUAGGUGAUCGUGAUGAAUAUUUUGUGCCAAAAAUAGGAAUAGUUAACAGCAGAACGAAACGAAAUAGAGUUCUAAUCUAAAGAAACUGUCUUGUUCGUGCUCGCGUUGUAAGGCAUGUAAUAGUAUCUUGAGGGAUGCGAUUUUGUUUGUUCGUUGAUUUGUUAGAGGAUGCUGAUAGAUGUUUAAGCUUUAACGAGAUAGAUAAGAAAUCAAUUGUGAAAGCAACGAUCCACAUGGAAGGCAAUUUCAUUAUGCGCGAAAAUCGUCAUCAUCACCCAGUACAUGAAGCCUCCCGGCCGAAUCAAUUCAUAUCCAUUCCGUAUGACAUAGGGUGUAAAAGAGGAACCUGGAAUGCAAAUAAUAAGUUAGAAUAAACGCAGCUAGGCAAUAAGCUAAAGAGUAGUUAUUUAUUUUCUAUUUGAUAACAGCAGGCAUGGCACGGGUUAUCGCUAGCAAAAGUAACAAUAAUAAACAUGAAACUCACUAACGCUCCGCAACGGCGAUUAGUUCAAAACACCAAUAACACCGCGAGCUCUAGGCAGCUCUAGAGACGACUAACAUUAUUAGGAACGUCCAAGCGCUUCACGGAGACAUCAUGACAUCAACAAUCCAUUUUCUGUUGUAACCUGUACUUGUAACCUUCCUUUCCCAUCAAUUACCCAUCAAUUAACAUUAAUCUGAACCCAACCCGUUUGCUGAAGUUCCAGGCGAGUGGAUCUUGGCAAUAGUUUUAUUUUCUAAGAUUUAUGCUUGCCGCUGGGUUCGCGACAUUAUCCAGCGCGAAGAAUAAACGGAAUUGUCUAAGCACUUAUU